AUUCUUGCUCUAUUGUUGCUAGAAUUAUUUUUUAAAUACACUGUGAGUGUGAUCAAUCUGUUCAGACCGUCCGAGAUCCGAUAAACAGCUUACUUUCUACAUCUUUCCUCCAUGCUUUCUACAAAUCAGUGUCAGCUUUUGAGCUGAGCUGAGUGAACAGUGAAGCAAAAUCAAGACGACAACAGAGUGCAACGAAACAAAUCUGACUUUCGAAGAUGGAAAAACACUGGGUUGAGGACCUGUUCCCUCCAUUCUACACUUACACCUUGGACAAGUCGACAACAUCACAAGAAGAAGAAGGGAAAGACAGUCCCAGCUUGAAACCUCAUGAUGAUGAGGAGGAGUACAUCAAGCGUAUUCAGGAAAUGUACGACAGAGUUCGCAUCGAUCUGAAUCAGAUUGAAAAAGAACGACAACAGAAAUGCAUCCAGGUAGGAGAGCCAUUGUCUGAGCAUCUUCCACAAAAGUCUCCAAUCGUAUCUCCUGAUAAAUCUAAGCUUGGAAGGAAAACGCCAACUAAUAAAGAAGAAUGUAUCUGGACAGCUGAGGAGCUGGCGUUUCUACGCCAGGCGACUGAGGAGACAAAACAAGAGAAAACACGACUCCAAGCUGAGCUUAGCCUUGCGAUAAAGCAAAGAGAGAAACUUGGACGCAAAUGCAAGAGGCAGUCGGAAGCCCUUGCCGUUAAGAACACAGAGCUACUCGAAAAGACCAAGGAAACGGAGAGGCUAUCCCUCCGCUGCCACCAUUUAGAGAAAGAGUUAAAGCACUGCAGGAUGAUUACGAGACUUCAGGAAGAGGAUAUUGAUGAACUUAAAGAGUCCAAACAAGAGCUCAAGAAGCAGUUCACGGCUUUAAGACAUGAGCUCAGUGUCGAGAAGCUGACUGGAGUUAAACUCAAAGGAGAACUGCAACAGGUCGGAAAGAAGAACGCUUUGGAGACCAUCGUCAGGGAGGACGGGAUCCGCCUGGACUAUGAGCGACAGAUUAAGAGUCUCUACGAGGAACUUCAAGGUGCUAAAGAUGAACUUGAUAAGGAGAAAAGAGAAAAUACAUCAACAAGGAAAGCUUUGGAACACUUGAGAAUUCACUUUGCAAAUUUCCCUGCUGUUAAGGAUCAAAGUGAACCUCUGGGUAGAGAAAAUGAUGAACUGGGUCAAUUAAACUUGUACUAGUCUUAGCCUGCAAGAUCACAGGGGAGGGGGUUGGCUGCAAGAAAUUUGAUGAGCUGAGUGAAUUAAACUUGUACUAGUCUGCAAGAUCAGGGAGGGUGUGUAGGCUGCAUGAUAAACUGGGCCAAUUAAACUUGUUCUAGUCUGGUCUGCAAGGUCAUGGAAAUGGUUGGCUUCAAAUUAAAGACAAUGAUGAACUGGGUGAAUUAAACUUGUACUAGUCUGCGAGGUCAGGGAGGGUGUUGGCUGCAUGUAAAACACUGAACUGGGUGAACUAAACUUGUACUAGUCUGUGAGGUCGGGGAGGUUGUUGGCUGCAUGUAAAACACUGAACUGGGUGAAUUAAACUUGUACUAGUCUGCGAAGUCGGGGAGGGUGUUGGCUGCAUGUAAAACACUGAACUAAGUGAAAUAAUAAACUUGUGCUAGUCUGCAAGCAUCGGGGAGGGUGUUGGCUGCAUGUACAUGUAAAACACUGAACUGGGUGAAUUAAACUCGUACUAGUCUGCGAGGGUGAUGGCUGCAUGUAAAACACUGAACUGGGCCAAUUAAACUAGUACUAGUCUGCAAGGUCAGGGAGUCGGUUGGCUAAA